UCACCAACAAUGGUAAAGUUCGUGCUAGCAUCGGUCGCGUUGUGCUGUGCGUUGGGUUUUGCCGUGGCAAGCACCUGCACAAACCCGGAGGUGAAAACAAACUUUUACUCCACCACGGAUGCCACGAUCGUGAGCCAGAUUGGGUUUGUAACGGAGUUCACGCUGAAGUGUUCGAACGCCGGAGCAGAAAAAUUGCCCCUGUUCGCGGAAGUACUUGGCAAGUUGGCCCCGGUUGUGCGCAUCGGUGAGAACAAGUAUCAGGUUAGCUGGAACGAAGAAAUCAAGAAGGCAAGCAGCGGAUCGUACGCUGUGCGUCUGUUCGACGAAGAAUCGUACGCCGCGGUGCGCAAGGCUCAGCGUGCCGGCGAGGACAUCCAGUCGGUGAAACCCCUCACGACCGUUACCGUUAGCUUCCCCGGCGCGUACAAGGGACCGUGGGUUAACUCGGAAAUUCUUGCCACCGGUUUGGUUGGAUUCGUGGCCUACGUUGCCUUCACGACACGGUCCAAGCUGAUGGCGUAAGC